AUGGCGCGCGUCCGCGACCGCCCACCGCCACCCAUGUUGGCUCCUCCUCUGCCACCGCCCGGCCUCCGCCUCCUCCUUAUCGUCCUCCUCGCACUCGCAGCCUCCGCCGCGCAGGGCGCCGACACCGGCGGCUGCGGCGGGGCCGACCGCUGCGGCGACCUCGUCCUCCCCUUCCCGUUCCAUCUCAACUCCUCCGCCUGCGGGGGCGCCGGCGCCAACUCCUCCCUCUUCCGCCUCUCCUGCAGCGGCAACGCCACGCUCACCCUCCCGCUCGGCUCCGCCACCUUCCGCGUCCUCGCCUUCCUCCCCUCGGGGUCGCUCCUCCUCGACUACGCCCCCGCGUCGCCGGCCCCGUGCGACGCGGCGUACGCGCCCUUCUCGCGGCCGACCUCCCCGGCGGCCGCGCUCGACGCCGCGCCCUUCCUCGCCGUCACGCCGGCCAACGUGCUCCGCCUCUACGCCUGCGAGGAUUCCUCGCUCUGCCGCGCCGGCUGCGACGACGUCACGACGUGCGGCGGCAAGUCCGGGUGCUGCUACCCGCUGUCGGACGGCAGCGUCUGGAAGCCCGGGAACGGGCUGGGCGUGUUCGCGGACUACGGGUGCCGGGGCUUCUCGAGCUGGGUCAGGAACCGGACGGCGUCGGCAGGGGCGGCGGGCGGGGUUGUGAGGGGAAUCGAGGUCGAGUGGGCCGUGCUGAGGGGCAGCGCCAUGGCGAAGUGCGCCGAUGGCGCGGCGCUCGUGAACGCCACGGCGCUGCACGACGGCGUACGCUGCGCGUGCGCGGCGGGUCUCGUCGGGGACGGCUUCGCACAGGGCACAGGCUGCUCCAAAGGCACAUCCUGCAGAAAUGGUGGGCAAGCAAGUGACGGCAGGGCUUGUUGCCAGGGACGGUUUUGCUCCAAGAAGGCAGUUGUUCUUGCUGGAUUUUUCGUUUCGCUGUUCUUCCUCGCGGCGGCCGUCUCGUUCUGGCUGUUCCUGAGGCAGCCGUCCAAGGACAGCCGGUGGGAUCUCGACCCGGCGUGCAUCCCCAAUAUCCUCCGCAGCGUGUGCGACACGAAGCAGUUCACGUACGAGCAGCUGGAGGAAGCGACGAAGAGGUUCGACAGCGAGAAGGCCGUGGACACCGUCGACGGCACGGUGCACGCCGGCGUGCUCGACGACGGCUCCCUGGUCGCGGUGCAGAGGAUCGGCUACGAGACGCAGGCGAAGCUGAGGCUGGUGCUGGACCGGAUCGAGCUCCUGUCCGAGAUCUCCCACCCCAACAUCGCCCGCGUCGUGGGCUUCUGCCUCGACUCCAGCAACGCCCUACUGCUGGUGCACGAGCACUUCGCCGGCGGCACGCUGGAGGAGCACCUGCGCCAGAUGAAGGGCCGCGUCCUCAGCUGGUACCACCGGGUCAAUAUCGCCAUCGAGCUCGCCAGCGCGCUCACGUACCUGCAGGCGCACGAGACCGCCCCGACCUUCCUCCACGACCUCAAGUCCAGCGAGAUCUUCCUCGACACCGACUUCACCGCCAAGAUCGCCGGCUACAAGCUCACCAGGCCGGCGACGUACUACUCCGCGUCGCACGACCAGGACGUCGUGUGCAACUUCGGCCACCUCCUGAUCGAGCUCCUGACGGGGCUGAGGCAGCAGAUCCCGUUCGACUUGGUCGCGCCCAAGGUGAGGGAGGGGAGGCUCCACGAGGUCAUCGACCCGACGCUCCUGUCCGGGAAGCAGCUUCCGGCGUCGCACGACGAGGUGAGGAAGAUGUUCGAGCUCGCCGUCCGGUGCCUGUCCGGCGCCGAGAACGGGCUGUGCAUGCUCGCCGUCGCCAAGGAGCUGAUGCACAUUCUCAGGGACAACAACGGGAGCAGCAGCAAGAUCGAGAUCUCCCUCGAGGAGACGUUCUCGAGCUCGAGCCUGCUGCAGAUGAUCUCCAUGUCGCCGGACACCCUGCAUCACCAUCUUCCGUGAAGGCAGACGAUGAUCCGUCCUUGUUAAUAUCCAGAGCAGGUCUCAGUGAGGCCUCUCCCCUGCUGAAGCAGCUCUGCUCAUCUGCUGUUUCAAAGUCUUGUGCAUGCUUUUCCUGCCAAUGUUUGGUUGGCACAGUGUAACCGAUCGGGCGAUUGGCAAAUGUUUACUGCACUCUAGAGCAGUACCGCGACGCGUGUGAUGCCUGCGGAGACGCCUUACGAUGCAGUCAAUGUGAUCCAAUCUUUAUGGUUCCCAAGAACUUCCAUCUGAAUAUGUAA